AAAUGCAUAAUAAACCCUCUAUAAAUAGGAUGAGAUAGAACAUCACACAACAAUUACAAAGCUUCAUACAAACCAUUGCUUGUUGAAAACCAACACACCCACCAAACCAAACCCACCCAAUUAAGCAAUAAUUCCCCACAUUUUUUUGUCUUCAUUUUCUCUCUCUUCCCCUAAAAUUACAACCCAUUUCAUCAAAAAUAUUGAAUCCUCUGUUUUUUUUGUUAAAAAUUUCAUCUUUCUAUGAUUAUUUUGCUCACAUUUCAAGAAAAAGAUUGAAUCUUUUUUGGUAAAAUAAAGGAAAAAAAAAUGGAGCAAAAGAGUUUUUUGUUAUCAGCAUUGAGUGUUGGUGUUGGUGUUGGAGUUGGGCUUGGAUUGGCAUCUGGCCAAACUGUUGGUAAAUGGAUUGGUUCUAAUGAAUCUUUGGAUAGCAUCUCUGCUGAUCAAAUUGAAAAUGAGUUAAUCAGGCUUCUUGUUGAUGGCAAGGAUACUAAAGUUUCAUUUGAUGAAUUUCCCUAUUAUUUAAGUGAACAAACCCGAACACUAUUGACAAGUGCGGCAUAUGUACAUCUGAAGCAUGCCGAAGUUUCCAAGUUCACUCGAAAUCUUUCACCUGGAAGCAGAGCAAUUCUGCUAUCAGGGCCAGCUGAACUCUACCAGCAAUUGCUCGCUAAAGCGUUGGCAAACUACUUUGAUGCUAAGUUGCUGCUGUUGGAUGUUGCUGACUUCUCCAUGAAGAUGCAGAACAAGUAUGGCUGCAACAAAAAGGAACAUCGAAUUUCAAGGUCCAUAUCAGAAGCAACAUUGGGGCGUAUGUCCAGCAUGCUAGGCUCCUUCUCUAUCCUUCCUCCAAGGGAUGUGCCCAAAGGCACAUUGCGUAGGCAAGCUAGCACAACAGAUGUCAUCAAAUCCGGGUCUGGAGAUGGUGCUAGUUUCCCUCCCAAGCAUCGCAGAAAUGCCUCAGCAUCAACUGAUAUGAGUAGCCUUGCUUCUCAAUCCUCUUCAGCAAACUCAGUAAAGCGCCCAACAGCUUGGUCAUUUGAUGAGAAGCUGUUUCUGCAAGCACUUUACAAGGUGUUGGUCUCCACAUCGGAAAAGAGUCCCAUCAUAUUGUACGUCAGGGACAUUGAAAGACUGCUGCUUCAGUCAGACAGGCUAUACAAUUUGUUUGACAAAUUGUUGAGCAAGUUGAGUGGUUCAGUCUUGGUGCUUGGUUCUCGUAUGUUGGAUGCUAACACUGACUACGAGCAAGUGGAUGAUAGGCUUACCUUAUUGUUCCCUUACAAUAUUGACAUAAGGCCUCCAGUGGAUGAGACAAAUUUGGUUAACUGGAACUCCCAAUUAGAGGAGGACAUGAAGACGAUCCAGUUUCAGGAUAACAGGAACCACAUUGCUGAGGUUCUUGCAGCUAAUGAUCUUGUUUGUGAUGAUCUAGGCUCUAUCUGUCAUGCAGACACUUUGACCCUUAGUGAUCAUAUCGAUGAAAUUGUAAUGUCUGCAAUAUCCUUCCAUUUGAUGAACAACAAGGAGCCAGAGUACCGAAAUGGGAAGCUGGUCAUCUCUUCUGGCAGCUUGUCCCAUGGGUUGAGUUUAUUCCAGGAAGGCAAAAAAAUGGGCAGAGCCAAGAUGGAAACAAAUGGUGAAACCGGAAAGGCAGUGGAUGAUAGUGCUGCAGUGAAGCCAGAGGGGAAGAAUGAAACCUCUACUGGUGAAAACAAAGGCGAAUCAGUCACUCUGACAAAGAAUGCUGAGAAUCCGCCCCCUGUGAAGGAAGUGGCUCCGGACAAUGAAUUUGAGAAGCGAAUAAGGCCAGAGGUCAUUCCUGCAAAUGAGAUAGGAGUUUCUUUCAAUGACAUCGGAUCCCUGGAUGAGAUUAAAGAGUCCCUUCAGGAGCUAGUGAUGCUUCCCUUGAGAAGGCCAGACCUGUUCAAAGGCGGCCUUUUGAAGCCUUGCAGAGGAGUGCUGCUCUUUGGUCCUCCCGGUACUGGUAAAACUAUGUUGGCAAAGGCCAUUGCCAAUGAAGCCGGUGCUAGCUUCAUCAAUGUGUCAAUGUCCACCAUCACAUCAAAGUGGUUUGGUGAAGAUGAAAAGAAUGUCCGAGCAUUGUUCACACUUGCAGCCAAAGUUUCUCCCACCAUUAUCUUUGUAGACGAGGUUGACAGUAUGCUUGGGCAAAGAACUAGAGUUGGGGAGCAUGAGGCUAUGAGGAAAAUCAAGAACGAGUUUAUGUCACAUUGGGAUGGACUUAUGACUAAGCCCGGGGAGCAGAUUCUUGUUCUUGCCGCUACCAACAGGCCAUUUGACCUUGAUGAAGCCAUUAUUAGGCGAUUUGAGCGCAGGAUAAUGGUGGGUUUGCCAAGCAUUGAGAAUAGAGAGAAGAUCUUAACAACUCUUCUGUCUAAAGAGAAGGCCGAAAAUUUGGACUUCCAUGAGCUUGCUACCAUGACUGAAGGAUACACCGGAAGUGAUCUGAAGAAUCUUUGUAUCACUGCUGCAUACCGUCCUGUUCGUGAGCUGAUCCAGAGGGAGAGGCAAAAGGAUUUGGCAAAGAAAAAGAAAGCCCAAGAAAAUAAUGACGAUUCUACUGAUGCUUCAUCUGAGAAAAAAGAAGAUGAAAAGGAGGCUGAGACCCCUGAACCAAUUAUUUUGAGGCCUAUAAAUAUGGAGGAUUUGAGGCAAGCAAAGAAUCAGGUUUCUGCUAGUUUUGCUUCAGAGGGUGCAGUAAUGAAUGAACUGAAGCAGUGGAACGAGCUGUAUGGAGAAGGCGGUUCAAGAAAGAAGGAGCAGCUUACUUACUUCUUAUAGAAAGGAUGUCCAUCACAAAGUCAGUAACAUAAUUUCAGGCUUUUCUAUGAAGCUCUAAGUGAAGUCCAAGGACAUUUUAUAGCAAAGGAAUUUACUUGAUAGCUCCAUUGCCGGAGUCCUCUUUGGCAAUGACAUUACAGGACAGAAGGAAGCAUUCCAUGUAAUCUGUAUUUCUUGUUGGCAGCGAGUUUGAAAAGCGAGUUUUAGAGAUAGGUGCAAUGUGAGCUUACAUAUCUACUUACCAUAAUCAAUAUUAUGAGUUUGCUCAUGUUGUAAGCCUAUGCAAUGUAGUAUGUAAUUAGAUUUCUAGUUAAUGAACAAACUAUUAUAUUUUUUCUGUCACCUUUGUAAUUUAUGUACCAAUUACUGUGGCAGUAGCCAUUUGUACUAUAUAUUUCUUAUUUAACUUACAAUUAGUACU